GUUGCCGGGCCGCACGCCUUGCUCCCCCUCUCGUCCCCCGCCCCUCGGUGACAUUUCGCCGCUCAGCCAGUUCCCCGCUCCCCACGUUUCCUAACGCCGACGAAAGCCGCUCAAGUACCGGAGUGGCCAACCCCAAGCCGUUCCCGAUUCUCCCUCUUACAGCUCUCACCCCUCCAGUGCCGACGGUAGAGAAAGACUUACUCCAGGGGCUUCCUCCUCACUGGGGAAUUGCCGGAAAGAGCAAACAAAAAAGGCGCUGGUGUAGGCUCCAAAAUAAACACAUCUGAAUUCAUGAUGACAUCGACAGAGGCUCUUACUGGAUUAAAAGUUUGCAAACAAUCAAAAACGCUUUGGAAAAAGCAGGGUUGAAUGCCUGCCUGCACCCUCGGGCCCCACCAUGGAGAAAGGUGGUAACAUACAAUUGGAGAUCCCUGACUUCAGCAACUCCGUCCUGAGCCAUCUCAACCAGCUGCGCAUGCAGGGCCGGCUCUGUGAUAUCGUGGUCAACGUGCAGGGACAAGCUUUUCGGGCUCACAAAGUGGUCCUGGCUGCCAGCUCCCCCUAUUUCCGGGAUCACAUGUCCUUGAACGAGAUGAGUACUGUCUCCAUUUCAGUCAUCAAGAACCCUACUGUGUUUGAGCAGCUCCUUUCUUUCUGCUACACCGGGAGGAUAUGCCUGCAGCUGGCGGAUAUCAUCAGCUACCUGACAGCGGCCAGUUUUCUGCAGAUGCAGCAUAUCAUCGACAAAUGCACACAGAUCCUGGAAGGCAUUCAUUUCAAAAUUAACGUGGCCGAGGUGGAAGCGGAAUUAAGUCAGACGAGGACAAAGCACCCAGAGAGACCACCCGAGUCUCCCAGGGUGACACCCAAUCUAAACCGCUCCCUUAGCCCACGACACAAUGCCCCAAAGGGAAGCCGGCGAGGUCAGGUGAGUGCCGUGCUGGAUAUCAGGGAGCUCAGUCCUCCCGAGGAGUCCACCAGCCCGCAGAUCAUUGAGCAGAGUUCUGACGUGGAGAGCCGGGAGCCCAUCCUUCGCAUCAAUCGAGCAGGACAGUGGUACGUGGAGACAGGAGUAGCCGACCGAGGGGCGCGCAGUGAUGAUGAAGUGAGGGUUCUUGGAGCCGUCCACAUCAAAACUGAAAAUCUGGAGGAGUGGCUGGGGCCUGAGCAUCAGCCUUCCGGAGAAGAUGGGAGCAGCGCGGAGGAGGUCACUGCCAUGGUGAUUGACACCACCGGCCAUGGUUCCGUGGCACAGGAAAGUUACGCUUUAGGAUCUUCAGGAGCCAAGGCGGCUCGGCCCACGAGCAGUGAAAUCGACAGAUUUAGCCCCUCCGGCAGUGUUGUCCCCUUGACGGAGAGACACAGAGCCAGAAGUGAGUCUCCUGGGAGAAUCGAUGAGCCUAAGCAGCCCAGCUCCCAGGUAGAAGAGUCAGCAAUGAUGGGAGUCAGCGGCUACGUGGAGUACCUCCGAGAGCAGGAGGUAUCCGAGCGGUGGUUCCGGUACAACCCCCGUCUCACCUGCAUCUACUGCGCCAAAUCCUUCAACCAGAAGGGGAGCCUGGACCGGCACAUGCGCCUGCACAUGGGGAUCACACCAUUUGUCUGUCGCAUGUGUGGCAAGAAGUACACCCGGAAAGACCAGCUGGAGUAUCACAUCCGCAAGCAUACAGGCAACAAGCCCUUUCACUGUCAUGUUUGUGGCAAAAGUUUUCCCUUCCAGGCCAUCUUGAAUCAGCACUUUCGCAAAAACCACCCUGGCUGUAUACCCCUGGAGGGGCCUCAUAGCAUCUCCCCCGAAACAACUGUCACAUCUCGAGGACAAGCUGAGGAAGAGUCCCCUUCACAAGAAGAGACAGUUGCUCCUGGGGAAACGGCCCAGGGCUCUGUGUCCACCACUGGCCCAGACUGAAACAUCGAGGGGGAGGGGCAGACCCACUUCCCCUUCGGGACGUGAGCAGCCAGCAUCGGCCAUGGGCUGGUGCUUCGAUUCACAAAAUGCCACAUCACUCAAUCGGAAGAUGUUGCCAAACUAGAGGACCAGCAACAUCCAUGAAAGCACUAGAGGCUUUUCCCCUCCUCCUUCCCACCUCACUCUUUGGAAAAUUAUCAAGCAAAUCACCUUUCUAAUUCAGGGAUCAACAGCCUUGGUUUGUUAACUUUAUAAGAAAAAAAAUUUUUUAACAAAACAAUGACAAAUGGUCAUUUAUCUACCAGUCACGUUUGAAGACUGUACUUUGGUCCAUAUCAUCCUCGUGGCUGUAGUUGCCCAGAUCUAAAACGCAGCAGGAGCCUUGAUCAUCUGAACCAGCCAAUCACAAGUGACAAGGAAGUAGUCAUGAUGGUGAUGAUGAGGAAUCUCUUCCUUCCUUGCCAGAACAUGCAGUUUCACAUUUCAAGGAAAAAAGAAAAGAAUCUUGGUGCUUCUUAUUGUUUUGAAAAGUUAGACCUUAUCUUUCCCCUGAUCGGGCAGCUCAUACUUUGCCGGAUUGUUUCGUGUAAGCAGCCAUCUUGGAGUGUUUAGUGGGCAGCAUCCCCGGAAGCACUUUAGGCAACUGGAAGAGAAAUGAGCAGCAGUGUUUGCAAUAGGUACUGCUACACUUCGGGGUUCGAGUGCUGUGUUGAGGUGAGGGGAGCAGGGAAGGAAGUCUUUGAUUUGCAAAUGUGGAACAGCACAGAGCCUACUGCAACUUACUGAUUGGAAUUUGUAAACCAUAGUGCUUGUGUAUCUUGGGGUGUUAGGAGAUGACUCUAGUCCAGAUGCAUUAAUGUGUUAGGCUGACUACCAAAGUUUCAUCCAGUCUCUUUGGCUCCUAGUUUCACGUAACAGCAAUAUUAUAAUACAUCAAAAAUGUCACUUUCCAGUGAAAUGAGCCUGGGUUGUAUCUUAAAUCCACAGGUCUCCAUAUUUGAUAAUUUUUAUAUGAAGUUUUAAAUACAUUUUUUUCUGCGGCAUUGUGGUUGAAGAAAUUCAGCGUUAUGGUUCCUACUGUAACCACAAUUCCAUUUCCUUCUACAUAUGUGAUAGUUCAUAUUUUCAGUCCAAUAGAAAAACCUCACUAAAUCCAUGUCUCAUGUCUGCAAACCUAGUAAGUCAUAAACCAACCACCAGCAAGUUGCUGGUGACUCCAAGAGCUUUGCUUUUUAAUAAUACAGUACAGGGCAUUUACCAGAAAACAUCGCGCACAGUCAUGUUGCAAUAAACUGAUCAAGGCGUCAGUUUUGAUCAGGUUUUGUUACUUAAUCAUUCCUAAGAUUUUUAAAACUUCAAGGGACCUUUUUGGUAAUUUUGGGUAUUUCAGAGAUUCUUCAUCCGGCACUGAGAGUCAGAAAGAACUUACCAAACAUAGUUUUAGAUGCCCUGUAUUGCAUGCAGAGAAUGAAGGAGGAUUACUAAUGGAUGCAGGCAAGUAGAUGCUUACAAGUGCAAAUAGAAAAGAGAAAAAUCGUUAGCUUCUCUUAAUGAUCAUUAAUAUUUUAAGAGUAUUUAAAUGUGUAGUGGUUUAAGAAAUUGUUUUGGUGCAGAGGCAUCGAUAAUUUUGAGAGAUUUUGGAGAGGGGCUGGUCAUGCCUGCACUGGUGAGUCAUUUGUGAGAAUAUUACUAGUGUGCUCCCUUCCUGAGGAUGCUUUGUGAUUUUGGAAAGGAGGGUAGAAAAGAUGGCAUUUCUUGGAUAAUAGGAAGAUGGAGUGCAAAGGGUAACUCUUAAGCAAUCUGGGAAUUGUACGUAUACGUACAGCUGCACCGUAUCACUAGAGAAUGGUUAUUUUCUGGAAAAACAGAAAUGCAUCUUUCAAUAGGAAUCUAAUGAUGCUACCAUUUUUUAAGAGCCUACCCUCAAACAUAGUGUUGUAGCUUUAUUUUAUCUUUAGAAGACAUAGACUGGGGCAUUCUCUUCCGUUGGACAACAAGUGAAAAAUCGCCUAGGGCCCUUUUAGGGACCAGCUAUGCUCUGUGGCCUAGAAAAAGUGGAGUUGAAAUUAGACUAAAAUCGUGAGGGAAACAUUUCAACUGGUAGUCAAGGCUUUCAGUGGACUCUGCCGUUACUAAAUAGGCGAGAAGUAUAGAACAUGCUGCUUUAGAUGGAGCUUUUCAGCCUACGAAAAAAAGAUUAAAUCCAUCCUACUUUUGAGAAAUAGUAUGCUGGAAAGUUCUUUAUUGCUUUGUUAGUUUCUUAGAUUUUAUGUGAGAAAGUAGAGCUUCUUAAAUGAUUACCAAAUUGUAAAGGUGAAGUGCAGUAAUUUCUGUAAAGACAAACUUUGCAGCAUUUGUCAGUACUCCAUCCAGGGUUAGCAGCAAACACUUUAAAUGAAGUAGGGACUGUCUUAACAAUGUGGAAAUGCUCCGAGGGUUUGGUGGGUUCCCGCUCCCUUCUCAUUCACUUCUAAUAGCUUUUGCUGCAUUGAUACUGUGAAUAGAGUGCUUCUCGGUCACCUGGGACCAUGUCAGCACUAUCGUGUUUGCUGGGUCUCUCCUCCUAACUGGUCUAGCCCAGAACCGUGAGAUUCAUGAAAAUUCAAGCCAGGCCAGCUUUUAAACAAAUUCAAGUUUCUGAAAGCAAUUUUCCCAUUUUAGUUAGAAGAGAUAUUAUUAUUCUAAAUAACUAUCCAAGACUCUUACUUAGAUUCACUGUGACAUGUACUAGUUCUUAGCUCACAUCACUGUAGGGUCCUAGGAGUUAGCAGUGUUCUAUCUACAUUAGUGACUGACUGUGUUGUUGUGUGCACAGAGGAUACCUCCCUUAUGGGUGUAUGUACUAAAUGGACUUUAGCUAAUGCCGAAACCUCCUUACCAAAUCUUAACUUGCACGUGUCACCUUGUGAAGGGAACUGCAUUAGCAAUGAGAGCUAAAUCAUCACUGAGUACUUUAAGGCCGUGAAAUAGCAAACACUGGGACUGUUUUCCUUCAUUGAGUGGAUCUUCAUAGCUAAGGAACUACCCAAUGUUCUCAGCAAAAAACGAGAUGGCAGUGUGGCAGUCUGCUUUCAUUCCAAGGGGCGCCUAUGAUUCUCUCAGAACUCGCGGACCAGGAUAACACACAUCACUGGCACCAACAGUAACAUAACACUACGUAGGCACAAAGCUCUUUCUGAUGACCUGUUCUCUCUUUACUCAGAACCAUAUUUACCUCUGAACUGAGCUGAGAUUUAUUGUAUGUAAGAUGCAAACUACCCCCAAGCCAUUUCAUUGGACCAGAGAGUUUAAUCUAAUCUUGAAUACAGAAAAUAAAUUAGUUAUUAUAGGAUAGAGAUUAAAGAAGGGAGAUAGCAGUUAAAGCAGUUUUCUUGUUUGUUUGUUUUUUUUUUUGGUAUUUUUUAAUGUUUCUUGUUCCCUCUACAUCAGUGAAACAGGGUUUUCCAAAGAUGGCAUGACAAUAGAAAUAAACCAUUUUCCUCCUAACUUCGUAGUUGAAAUUUGGACUUGGUUGGAAGUGGUCUGGUGGAAAAGUGAAAUAUGAACUUCAUCCUUACUAGCUGAAUAGUCUUUGAUCAAAAAUCACUUUUAAAAAGUUUUAGCUGUUACUUGAUAGUAAUUUUCUUUUAACUGUUAAAAACCAUUUUGUUUGACUGGAAGAUCUAACUUAAAGAAAUAGAAAUAGUGGGUAAUGAAAAGGAAAGUAAAUUGAAUGGUUUACUUCUUAAUUAUAGUGGAAAGGCUUUUAAUCAGGAAAGAGUUGGAAUCUUGGAAGUUUUUCUUUUUUCAGACACAACAGACGUGGUUUUUUCCCUCCUUCUCAAGCAUCUUUUUCCUUAUCUGUUAUUUGACUUGUUCAAGAGCUAACAGAUAAGUCUUUACUAACUUUAAAAACAGAGCUCUUAUGCUGUAUGGGAAAGAGUGCAAAAUAUUGAAGUAUUUUGGUUGCUGAGAUUUAGAAAAGGGACAAGAAGCAAUUAAGCCAGGUAAAUCCCUAAAUUUGAGAGGAUGCCCCUUAGCAAAGUAUAUAUCUGGGAUUUAUGGAUUAGGUCAGGGUACCACAAACUGCUUUCCCCCGGCCAAAUCCUGAGGCCACCUGUUUGUGUAAAGGAAGUGAUAGUGGCAUAGUGCCCCAGUUACUCAUUGAGGUAUUUAUUGCAUGUGGCUGCUUUCUACUCUCAUAGCAAAGUUGAGUAUUUGUGACUGAGACCACAUGGCCUGCAAAGCCUAAAAUACAGUAUUUACUAUCUGAUACUUGACAGGAGAAUUUGCCAGCUUCAGAAUUAGGCUUGGAGGAAUUACCCCCAAAAUUUGUCAAUCCUGCCAUUUUGCCUUUAUAUAUUCAUAAAUUUAAAAAGGUUUUCGAUUCAUAUUGCCAUAUAUAGUCAGUUUCUUGACAGUGUUUGCCAUCUUUCUCUAGUUCCUUUUCUCACAACCCACUCUGAGCUCCUUAAUGAUUCCCAUUGCUUUAAGAGCAUUUGGAAUAGGCUUAUCUUGCCGCAGAGGUGCAGGUAGAUUCAAGUCUAGGAUGGUAGUUACAGAUAUAACAGUAAUUUUUAAAAAUAAUUCCCACGCAGUGAUGUAAGUUUAAGUGAGUACCAUGUUUACAUAAAUUACUGUAAAAAAAAACAACUAAUUUUUUUAUAAAUCAGUCUUGCCAUUCCUCUGGUUAACUUGAACUGGUUUGCAUAAUGAUGGCAAGAAUGAAUUUAUUCCCAUUAGUAUUAAAAAUUUAUUUGUGUUAUAAUAAGUGGUUUGAUUCUUAUCCAAAGUACUGUUUUUCUAGAUUAGAAGCCUCUAACCUUUGCUUGUACUAUAAGUCUUCAUUUUAAUUUUCUCAAGUAAACUCACUCUGUUCCAUGUGGAGUAGUAAAAAGCCACAUCGUCCUUUUCUUUUUCUAAUGAAUGUUCUAAAACAUUAGGAAACAUCUGAGGAUUUCAAAUUCUUCUGAGACUUAUCUUCCAAUUUUUGUUGCUCUCUAUAAUUCUUUUAAACAUAUAUUGGGUCAUAUAUAUUUGUGUUGUGAAUGUUCAUUCUUACCGUUCAAAUUGCUUAUUCAUGUUAGAUGUGGAAAAAAUGGGAAAUGUUAGGAUAGUAAUAAACAAUUCUUUGCAAAAGGAGGAUACAUUUGUUCCCAUUUGGAAACAAUACAUGUCUUCUGAGUUCGGUUUACUUACCCGAACGAAGUGUGAAGUGUUCAGGCCGUGCUGCUACAAUGCAGUGAGUUCGAUUCUUAUUUGUGGUAGUAAGCUGCACAGCACACACAGUUGGGAUGAGUGACCUAGCCUUCUGGAGGGCACCUCUUCACUACUUACAUUGGAUAUUAGCACGUUUUAUAUAAUAUACCCUCGUAGUAAUGAAUAGUCUUCAUCUGUAAGGUUCCAGAAUAUUUGCCUACAUUAGCUCCAGCUUGCUUUAGAGCCCUUCUACUCAUAGUAAUAGCGAGUCCUUGAGAUUUUGGAGUGUUGCUUUUCUGAUUAAUCCGUGUCAUAGGACUUGGGAAAGAGGUCAAUGAGUCAGUCAUCUGCACGCAGCUCUGUCUGAGGCCGUGGUGGUAGAUGUCGUUUAAAUAGGAAUCUGUUGAAAACAGUGGAGUUUGCCAAGCAUUAUGGCUUCUUUGUGAAUUAUCAGUCUCACGUUUUGUAUUCUUUGCUUUCUAGUCUCUUUCACUGUUUUCAGUCUUCUUAUUAAUUGGUGCUUUCCCCAGGGACAGUCUUUUUACUUUGCAGUAAGUAGAUUUUCUUGCCCAGGACAAGCCAAAGUUGGAUGUUAUGAGUACUUUGAAACACCUGACCUAGUUACAUUCCAAAGGAUGUAAUUAACAGGAACAAUGAUAUCAAAACCUGGAAGAUAGCUGUACAGACUCUCCUGUUGUAUUGUGUAGGCAGACUAUGUUUUCCCUCAACUGGGAGGAACAACAACUUAAAAGGCAAAUAUUUCUACACGGUGUCCUCACAGAGGGUACGUAUGCAAAUAAAUUUCUUCUCGCACAUCUUUCCCAUUAUAUAAGAAAUACCUCCCAUCUUACCAUAGUUAAGAAAGGCCCACUAGCUCAAAAGAGUGGAAGCUUUUAAACAACAAAGUAGAAGUUACAAAGGCAGAGCAGUUAUGAAAAAAACAAAACUUUUCUAAUGCUUGCUUCUUUAAUGUCUACUCAGUAAGUCCUGUUGAAGAGGCUAGAAUUCACCAUCCAGUGAAGAGAGCGAUACGUACAGCAUCUCACGUGGCCAACAGCACAAUUUAAUAUACUGUGAAUCUUAGAAUCUGAAUUAAUCCAUAAUGCCAAAAGUGAAGUAUCUCAUGGGAAAAUAUUUCUGUGAAGUCACUUACCUUAAGUGACAGGUAGCAUACUGGGGAAUCUGCUCUAUUAAGUAACUAGUAAGUACUUUUGGGUCCCAGACAAUGCUUGGAAUUUGUAUAACAAAAGUGAUUUUAGGCAUAGUUUAGAUGUGGCUUUCUGUACUUGAGAGUCCGAAACCCACUUGGUUGGAGUCUGGAUAUUUGCUUUUUCAAAGCCUGCACUUUUCACUAGAGAUAUAAGAUCAAAAAGAAGGGGCCAGAAUUAACUGUACCAAGUGCGUUAGUGACAUAAUCAGUUAAUCCUGAAAGUCCUGUGCGGUAAUAACCGUAGAACUCACAGGAGCUGACUUGUUCUGAAUGCUUUGUGUGCCAGGCACAGUUUUAUGUGCCUCUUACUGAUCAACUCAUCUAAUCCUAUGACAAUCCCAUGAGGGUGGAUACUGUUGUUAUCUUCAUUUUAGAAAGGAGAAAGCAGACGCAGAGAGGUAGACCCUGCAGUUUCACACUAGAGUUGACACUCUUAAUAGACUAUGUUGCCUUUAAUAGAUAUACCACGGAUAGAUGAGGAAACCCACGAGCCCCGAGCCCGAGGUUGCACAGUGGAUAAAUUUGACAGCCAAGACUUACCAGCCUGAUUCCAAAGCCCAGACUAUCUCCAUUUCAUCAUGCUGUUUACUAAUAAAGAAUUGGGGGGUUUACUAAUAAAGAAUAGCGAGUAACAGUACUGCUUAUGGUGAACUGUUAAUUCAGUAAGAGGUUGGAAGAUUUCUUUGAAAGCUAAUGCAGUUGAUGUCUGAGUAGAUGUUGAAUGGUGAAUGUUUCCUGGAAACAUUGCCCACUGAUUCAGAGAGGUCACCUGUUUGAUAGGCCUCAUGGUGGAUGAAAGAAUGAGUUACUACCAGGGCAAAACCUGACAGCCAGCAUUCCAGUUACAUACUGCUGUGUACAGAGUACCUAAACCUUAGUCACUUAACACAACUGUUUUAUGCAUCUUGUGAUGUUGUGGACCAGAAAUUCAGGAGGGGCUCGUCUAGGCAAUGCUCCUGCUCCCUGUGGUGACCACUCAGGUCACUUGGUAGUAUUUAUUCAGCAGAUGGUGGGAGUGGUCUGGAGUGGCCAAGACAAUGUCACUCACAGGCCUUGGCAGGGAGGGCUAGCAGACUGGUGGGCUCGGCAGGCCUCCCCUCCCUUUCUGGCACAGAGUCUCAGGGACUCUGUGUGGUCUCUCCAUCAGGGCAGUCAGACUUACUAGCAGUGGCAGCUCAGGCCUGCACGAGGCUGGGUAGGAGGUGCCAGUCCUCUUAAAGGUCAGGCCCACAGGUGUCCUAGAGUCAGCGCCAUACACUGUUGGUCAGAGAAAUCACCGGUCAGCCCAGAUGCAAGGGGAGGGGAAAUACCUUACCAUUCGAUGGAAGAUGUGUCAGGAUUCGGGGGCCAUCUUUAAUCCGUUACAGGUAGUGUUCGGUGUUUUUAUUUGUCUUAACUUCUGUGUUCAUUCAUUUAAGUUCAUGGUUUGUGCCAUAGAAACCAUUUAUUAUAUCUGCUAUUGAAGGAGCUAGGAGGAGGAGACAAAUACCUGCAACAGAUCUCAUUAGUUACCGGCCCCCAAGCUUCAUUUAUCUUAGCCCCAAAUUUCCAUUUUUUUCUUUUGUUCCAAGUUGUGAGCAGUGGUCUCUUUUGUGUUUCUGCAAAGCCACAGGAACUGAACAUGCUGAGCCAGAAAUGCUCCAGAGGGAGUGAAAAACUGUUCUAAGAGAUUUAUCAGAGAUGUCAGCUGUAUUUUAAGUUUACAAAUAGGUGAAAAUUGCUGUGGUAUGGAAAAUUUAUAUAGGUAAUAAAUCUCUUUCCACGGGAGUUUCUGUUGAGUGCUCGAGGGAUCCGAGUGUCGAGAUAACGGGAAGUUUGGCCUCGGUCUCCUAGCCCGUCCUUACUCCCCCGCACCACCCCUGGCUCAGUUUUGUGCUGGAGAUGAGUGGGUUCAUCCCACUCUUACCACCUGUUGGAUGGGAAAAUCCAUUGCCCAAUUGGAUAUGUUGUUAAUCCUUUAAAAUUAGCGGUUGCUGCCAGCCUCUCAUCUAAAAUAACAGCUUAAAGUUUUAUGAUAUUUGGUUAAUUUGUCAGAUUCAGGAUGCUUUGUUAUAACUCCUCGUGGCUUAUCAUCAUUGGACUGUUACUGCCGUCGUGAGAGAAUAAAUUCUGCACUAAAAACGAUCAUCCCCAAAUCAGUACACUUUCUAAGAGAAGGAAGGUUUGGGAUUAUCCAUCCGUUCCACGUGCAGUGGAUUGCUGGAGAGUUAGCUGGGGGGGCUUCUUGCUGGUCACCUCCAGUUAUGUAGUAAAGAGAUCUCUGGCCUUAGGCCUCAGGAAUUGCAAAUACAGGAAUAAAAGGGGUACUCAGGGCUGAAGACUUCAUCUAGGGCUCUACAAAAUGCUGGGGAGAGAAAGAGACUUGGGCAUUCGUAGCUGGAUAACCAGGGAGUGAAUGCUUGAGGCAUUUAGGCAGCAAGAUGAAUUAGGUUUUGUCAGGUAAAGACGGGGGCAAAUUUUAAUGAAUAAACAUAAAGAAGCCUUCACAUAGUCUUUUUGAUCCACAUUUCCACUCUGGUGUACCUCAAAAUCUGCAAUUUGUGACAGAGAAAGCCUUUGAAAAUACAUUGCCAGGGAAUGAAAAAUCUUCUGAUAAUGUAUGGAGAUGUCUCUCGUUCUGGACUGGAUAGCUCCCUGGGCCCUCGUCUGGAUUCUCUGCCUCUUAAGUUUGAAAGCAUCUGGUGGUUGCACAAAAAUUCUGUACUGUGGUCUUGAAUUGCAAAAGAGAACAAAGUCAGAAGAAAGGGAACCUGUAGAUUGACAAAAUAUUUGUUCUUUCUUUUCAGCAUCACAAGUCUAAACCAUUUCAAGCCAGUCACAACAACCUGAGUGAGUAGAAAUUCCUUAAGGUUUAGAUUUCUGCCUGUAGCUACAUCUUAACGCAGAUGUUUAUGUCACAUUUGAAGAUGAUCUACUGAGUUUCCUAUAAGGUAACAGAACCCUAACUCUAGUGGUUCUUCAAGGACUACUGCAAAAACAGGAUGAGAACACAGGGAACAAAGCUUCAAGUGUUUCCUCUGAAAGCUGAGAUGCUAAAACAGGGGUCGCUUAAGAGUAUGACUGAAAUCCACCUCUAGAAUGGCUAUCAGUCAGAUAGCAGAGAGAUUUAGGAUUUAUAUGGUAUUUCUAAUAUUUUUACAAAAAUGAUUUUAAAUGAUGUAACUUGAAGUUUUAAAAAAAAAUGAGGCUGUUUUCUUUUUGGAAAACUAGCCCAAUAAAAACACUAAUAUAAUUCAGUUGUAUAUGCAUGUGCGUUGAACACAGAGUGGUAUACUAAAGAUCAUUCAUGCAAAUAACUUUUGUGGGAAGUUUGGCUAUUUUCUUAAUAUCUUUUUCAUAAAUGUAUGUUUAUAAAUAUAUUUACUCAUCCGCUAUGACCAUGGUAGCAUUAGAAGCAUUUUGUUAGUUGUAUCAUUGACUCUCAAAAUCUAAUUCUUGGCACAGUAGGCUAUGAGAGCUUUUUGUUGUCUUGUUUGUAUUUUGGCUAAAGAAGUUAUUUCUUGCACUUUCUAUUUAUAAAGAUGUUAUUACACAUUGCACCCACUUCGUGCAGCUGUUCUUCAGAGACAAAAGAUGCAGGCGUUAAAGUGAAAUGUCUCUUUAAAAGCCUGGUGAAAGGAGGGGGCCUCAAAAUAACCAACCUGGCUUGCAUCUACCUGAGAAGAGCUAGGGUACAGUACAAAACUUAGAUUGAAAGUAGCUGUUGGGAGAGGCGUGCUGUUGCGGCAGUUGCAAUGCUGUUGUGAGUUGCCAGCUGUGUGUAUGUGAUUUUAUGUGUGCAUGUGAGAAAAAGGUGUCUGAUGAAGGCGGAUAAGCCAACGUAGAAUAUUCUACCUCCCGUGAAAGACUGAGCAUAUUCCAAGGUUGCCCUGUAGCCCCAUGGGCAGGAGGCUGGAUGCCUCAGCCACCGUGCACCCCAUUCUCUUCUGUACUCGCUUCAGCUCCUCUACCUCUGAGCACUUGGCUGAAGAAAGAGUGUAGCUUUCUGUAGCAAGGAAAAUAUAGAGGCUGCAGUAUCUAGUUCUCCUUGUCACGUUUGGAUGUUAAUGUUUGGCUCUGCUGCCCAAAUCAGUGUCAGAACACUUGGGUGUGGUGCCUUCGUCCACUGGCUUCUAUUUGGCAAGAGUCACCAGUAGAAGGGGAGUCUUUCUGUUGUUUUCUAAAGACGCACCCAACUUCUAAUGACGAUGUGAAAAAGUCGUUGGAAUCCUGAGUUGUUUUCUUCUUCCUGUUGCCAUUUGCAGUCCAUUUUAGGGAACUGGGAUAUUAACCAUAUUUUCCUGAUAAUGAGCCUUCUGCCAGCAUCUUGACGUGAGGGUGUGCAUGACACGGAUUUCUGGAUGACCUGUUUUGCUUUUCAUCACUCCAAAGACGGAUAUUCCUGUUCUUAAUGCCGAUACUGUUAUAAUAGUCAAGAUGGCCUCACUUGAAUGUCGUGGGUGCCAAGAAAUGUCGUUUGAAUAGGAAAAUGCCACUAGGCAGGCCUCCUAAUCUUUACAGCCACGUGUAGCUGUCACCUGACUGGCUGUUUGGGGAACGAGUACACUGAGCCAAGUCUACCAUUUGAACACUUGUUACCGCUGGGGAAGGACUGUUGGCCCCUUGAUAGGUACCCGGGGAAGCUUUCCACCUUUUCGUUCGAAGGCACUGGCUGGUUGUAACAUCUAAACAGGGAUUCUCUGGUUAGGUGUGAAAAUGAGAGUGAUCCGUUUUUCAGAUUUGUCAAGGUUGGCAUCUCUGUUCCAGGUACUAGCUGGUGACUAGGUAGGGCAAGUGAUGAUACCGACAGGGUGGAAUUCCAAACAAUGAGACAAGCAUUACUCAUGGGUGACAACUGAUACCGAUAGUAACCUUUCCCUGAAUACACUAUGAAUCCUGGAGGGGGAUGAGGGAGUACAGUCAGUGUGAAUCUAUUCACCACAGCUGUUUCUUUCUAACAGUAGAAUAACUGUCAGCCUACAAGCCAUGUUAAUAUCCUAGACUCAGGAAUGAAUUCCUGCUUAGGAAAAUUCUUCCCUCUGGCUUAUCUUUUGUUUAUGCCGAGUCUUGUCCUAGGCCUGUCCCCAGCUGUUUUGCUGUACCACAUACGUAAGGAGCAGUCUUACCUAAAUCAGUAAUUCACUGUUAGCAUGUGGCCUCUUACAGCUAAAGUGGUUUACAUAGAAACAAACAAAAAAGUGAGAAAUGCCUAGGGAAUUCCUUUGAGGCAGGUGAAAUCUGUGAAUCUGGGAGCAAGCAUGGGGGCUUACCUUUCCUUCCUCUGCUGGGUGAACACUGGCCUUCAUGCUUUCUAUUUCAGAGCCAGUUGGCCUAGGCCAGUAGACUCCAUCUUGACUGCACACUAUAAACAUCUGGGGCAUUGAAAAAAUCACUGACGUUCACGUUUAAUUGGUCUGCUGUGGAACCUGGGUUUGAAAAGCUCCCCCGAUGAUUCUAAUGGGCAGCCAAGGUUGAGACUCACUGUCUAGGGACCCGGGGGUCUUUGGCAGGGUAACCUUAAUAUGUUUCUGUCUUUCUCAUAGGAUCCCUUUAUUGAUA